UUCUUCAGUUCAUCUCUCCCUCGCUUUCCCCUUCACUGCAACUUGCCCACCCACACAGCACUCACUCUCGAGCUCUCCACCACCACAAGAACCGGCUAGCUAGCAGCAAAGAAACGGAGGAUCGAGAGGUGUGUGCAGGAUUGGGAUAGAUCGGUUCUCGAUCGAUCGGUCAUGGGGGAUCGUUCUCAGAUGAUGCAUGCUGCAGCUCCGGCGGCCAUGUACAACGGCGGCGGCGGCGGUGCCGGCGGUAGCUCUCAUGGGGUAUGGUGGAACAACGCGGUGCCGGCGGCGACGUGCUCGACGACGGAGCUUGCUGGGUACACCGCCUGGUCGUCCGCUCUCGCUUCUGGCUAUGUCGACGUUAUGGCGGGUGACAACGGCGGCAAGGCGAAGAGCACCACCACGGCGUCUUCGGAGUCGCCCGGAAACAACAGCUCGAUAACCUUCCAAGAGCCGACGAGCAUCCCCGACCCGACCGCCGUCGCCGCCGUGCCGCAGCCGGCGAUGGCCGGUUUCACCGACUGGACCCAGCCUUUCAUGAACAACGCCACUGCUCUGCAUGAGUUUCUGCACGAUGGCCACCACGACAUGAGCGCGUCAAGCCUGAUGAACCCUUCAUCAAAUAACCUAGCGCUGCAGCAACCAGGCCACCACGAGCAGGAUCACCACCAGCUGCUGUCCAGCUUCGGCUCAGACCUGCUCUUGUCGCCGACCUCGCCGUACGGGUUCCAGUCCUCGCUGCUGAGGAGCCUCAUGGAGCCGGCGGCGGCGGCGGCGGCGAAGCAGCCGGCUUUGGCUGGGCUUCAGCAGUAUCAGUACCAGCAGCAGAUGGGCCAGGCACCAGUUGCUGCCAAGUUAGCGCAGGCUGUUGGGGCCAGGGAUUCACUCCAGUUCACCAACGACGCGCCGUUCUGGAACCCUUCUGCCGGCUUCGGCAUGGCAGCUACGGCGGCGGCGGCGGCGCCUGAUCAAGCUAGUGCACGUUCCGUGAAACGAUCGUCGCCGGCGCCGCCACGCGCGGCAACCCAUGCAUUAAAGACUGCUUUGGAAGGAGUAGGGGACUCUAGCUCAGUGAUCACCAAGAAAGGGAACGGCGAGCCGUCGUUCAAGAAACCGAGGCUGGAGACACCGUCGCCAUUGCCGACCUUCAAGGUUAGGAAGGAGAAGCUAGGGGACAGAAUCACAGCACUCCAACAACUAGUCUCUCCUUUUGGAAAGACGGAUACCGCAUCGGUGCUCCAUGAGACCAUCGAGUACAUCAAGUUCCUGCACGACCAAGUUGGAGCUCUUAGUGCCCCAUACUUGAAGAACGGUGCCCAUCAAGUGCCCCACUUGAAGAACUCAAGUCCUGACAAGUCCAAGCACGGCGAGGUGUCACUGAAGGGCCGGGGGCUUUGUCUGGUGCCCAUAUCGAGCACGUUCGCCGUGGCCAGCGAGGUUCCCGUCGAGCUGUGGACUCCAUUUGGCGCCAACUUUAUUAGGUAGAAGAACAAGGCUGCAACUGAAGAAACUCUCAUCAGAAGCGUCAAAUUAACGAUCAAGUAGCUAGCUGCUAAUAGCCACCUAGCUAGCACAAAUCGAGAUCUGGUGUUUCUUGAUUGUAUCUACUUGUUGUAUGAUGAUAAUUUCGUAACUGUAGUAGUACUGAUGCUGUGACUGUAAUCAACACAGCACUGAGCUAAGCUAGCUAGAUGAACCUUUGGAAUGAGUGCUUGAAGACUUGGAUUCAUUCUUCAGGUUCAUCAGAGAAUAAGGGAUCAGCUAGUUGAGAGGGGACAUAAUUAUGUACGGAUCAUCAUCAGGUUCUUAUGAUUGGUUGUUAGGUUGCAUCAUAUCAUUGCGUAGUUGCGGAAGAAUUUGUUAAAGAAUUGAUGGUUCGGUUUUAAUGGUGGAUCAAAGUAAUGUAGCAGGUUUCUCUC